AUGAAUCCAUUGAAGUGUGCGUUUGGGGUCUCAGCCAGAAAUUUCUUGGGAUUCUUGGUACACCAACAAGGCAUAGAAAUUGAUCAGAACAAGACCAAAGCUAUUAUGAAUGCUACGGCUCCAACCAACAAAAAACAGGUGCAAAGGUUUCUUGGCCAGAAGGCUUUUGACAAAAUACAAGAGUAUUUGGCAAACCCUCUGACAGUGAUGCCUCUAAUGAAGAAAUGGUCGUUGAAACUUUAUUUAUUGGCUGUAGAAGAAUCAAUUAGUAGCAUGCUUGCUCCGAAUAAUGAACCUGGAAAGGAACAGGCGGUUUACUAUUUAAGCAGAGUACUAACUGAUGUUGAAUGCAGAUAUUCUUCAAUUGAAAAACUUUGUUUAUCUUUGUAUUAUUCUGCCAUGAAAUUAAGAAUAUAUAUGUGGCCGGUUGAUGUUUACAUUCUAUGUCAAACUAAUGUUAUUAAAUAUAUACUAUCAAGGCCAUUGAUCACUGGCCGAAUUAGUAAGUGGGUAUUGGCUUUAAUGGAAUUCAAUUUUAUUUUUGUCCCACAAAAAUUAGUUGAAGGAGGGGUUCUGGCCGAUUUCUUGGCCGAUCAUCCUUCAACUGAUAUUGAUCCACAGGUAUAUGAUGAAUUAGAGUCAUUAGCCAUAUUCCUAACUCCUUGGAUAUUGAUGUUCGAUGGAUUAAGCACGACUGAUGGAGCAAGAGCAGGUAUUGUUAUUACCUCACCAGAAGGUAGAAAAACUUUAUUUUCAUUUUUCUUAGAUUUUAAAUGCUCAAAUAAUCAACCCGAGUAUGAUGCAUUUAUAAUCGGCCUAGAAAUUUUGAUUGAAAAUGCUAUUGGAGAUGUAAAGAUUUUGGCAGAUUGA